UACUUUUUUAUAUAUUUAUUUUUUAUAUAUUUAUUUUUUUUAUAUAUUUAUUUUUUUAUAUAUUUAUUUUUUUAUAUAUUUAUUUUUAUCUUAUAUAUUAUAUACAUAUUAUAAAUAGGGUAUGCCUCAUUUAAAAGCAUCAAAUAAAGAAGAUGCAACCAUUAUUAUAGGACUAGAUCCUUCAUUUACAGGAGUAUUAAGAGGUGUUGCUCAUGAUGAAUCAGAAGGUUGUACUGUAAAAGGCAAUUGUAUUGUUAAAGUAAAUAAACCUAUCAAAGUGAGAAGAUUCUGGGUUUGGCUUGAAGGUCGAAGUAAAGUAACACUCAAAUCGAAUACUUAUACUGUGGCUAGUUCAGAAUCAACAGAGAGUAGAACAUUGUAUUCAAGAAAUAUUCAUUUCUUGGGCGAUGAUGGUUUAACUCAGAUCUUAACACCUGGUCAGUAUAUUUAUCCAUUUAGUUUUGAUUUACCACCUAGUCUUCCUGCAAGUUUUCGUGGCAAGAGAGGUUAUAUUAGAUAUCGUUUACAAGCAGUCAUUUAUCGUCCUAUGUUUGCUAGUGAUAUUCAAGUAUCUCGUGAUAUUCCUAUAAAACGUUGUUUGUUAAAUGAGGAAACACCCAUAGCUGAAUUACGUGAAACAUAUGAAGGUAGACAUCAUACAAAUAAACUUCAUUAUACUGCUACAGCUCCUAGUAUUACUUAUCGUGAAGGUGGGCUGGUUCGUCUAAAUUUGACUAUGCAACUUACUCGUCCUGAAACUCAGUCUAUAAGAGUCGUCACUUGUGCUUUAAGAGAACGUAUUCAAUAUCGUACUACAGAUGGUCAAGCAAAUACCGUCCUUAGCAAAACAGAUAACCUUUUCCCUCUUGGCUAUAGUACCUUCUAUCCAAAUCAAUCACCUGAUUAUGAUCCAAAAGAAAAAGCCGAUUACAAUGCUUUAUUUCGUUUAUGUCCAAGAGUGAAUGCUGAUUUGAAUAGUAGACUAAUGAAAGUAACUCAUGCCUUGGUAGUGAAUAUUAUGGUAGAGGAUAGUUGUAAAGAGGAUAAUGAUGAUGAUUAUUGCGAAUCAAUGUAUGAUACAGAGGCAACAGAGUCUGAAUGGGCUUCAGAGGAUGAUCGUAUUGGUGAUGUGAAAUACCAUCCUGUCGAAAGCCCAGCAUCUACUCCACCUAAUUCUGCUCCUAGUUCACCUGUCCUUAGUCGUUCAUCUUCUACAUCCUCGUUGGCAUCUAUAUUUUCAUUAGGUAGAAAUCAUAGUAAUGAGGAUGCAAUGACUUCUAUUCCAACUAUCAAGAAUACUCGUCGUAAACAUAAACACGGUAGUCAUCAUAAGGAUAAUAAUGAGCCACGCUUAAUUCUAUGUACUUUAGAAAUACCUUUAGUGGUAACAUCAAGAGAACAUAUCUGGAAUGAAAAGCCUAAUUUACCCCCUUCUUAUGAUGCUGUGGAGGAGCCUCCUAGUUAUAAUUCCUCUUUAGAAACUUUACCUCGAGCACCAACUUAUAAUGAAUCCCCUUCUUCCUCAUCUAUUAAUAAACCCAGUACACCGCUAUCUGAAGGACAGUUAUCAGCAUCAGCAUCAGCAUCAGCAUCGUCAGCAUCAUUAUUAUCAUCAUCAACGACAUCAGAAUCAAAUCAUCAUCAUAGCAAUUCUUUUACAAAUAAUUUAUCUUCUAUUGCAAGUCAUACUUCUACUAAACCAGAUCCUUACCACUCUUAGAGCAUAUAUAUUACCCUAUUUGUACAUAUUAUAAUAUAGCAUAU